AAUCGACUACCAAAACUACCCCCUCCGCUCCGAGUCCUCGUCACCAUGCCGCCAUCUCCAGCGAACAACCUUCGCCGUCGCCUCUUCCUUCUCCUCCAUAUGCGCCGCCAGCUCCUACCCCAGGCGAGUCCAGCCGCUGCUCCGAUGGCCAUCCCCCUCCCUUCUCGUCCUUCACCGGCGAAUAGCGCCGCCAUCGACGGAGAUGGCCAGCCAAGCCUCCACGCCGCCGCUCCAUCCUCCGUUCUCCAGUCGCCUUCUUUCUCCCCUCCGGAGAAUGUCCAACAGCCGCGACAUAGGCUCGACUCCUCUCCCACAGUGAUACCUCCGGCAAACCCCUUCAGCGUUCCAACCAUGCAACCCUUCCUCAUCGAAAGUGAAGAAUCUGUCUUCAGAAUCUUAUUGGGAAGACAAAGUGUGUGAAUCACAUUCAGCAGAGUGGGAGAAAAGGUGAAGAAAUUUAAGAUAGGAUUUUGAAGGAUGAAUGAUAGCUUAGCUAGAGAAAU